UGAACAAAGGCCAUUAGUGUGUCUGCUGCAAGCAAUUCAGCGGAUGAUGGCGUGGCAUGAGCGUGGUAAACGGACAGACGUGGUUAUGGACCGCAAGGAAUAAGUAGAAGAGGGAAGUGCAAUGGGAAGAUGUGUGUUGAAGAAGAGUAGUGCCAAGUACAAACUGUAUUCUGCUGUCUGAUGGCUCAGGAAUUUUACCUGAUGAGAGUGAGGAUGAAUUACCUGCGGUGGCAGGUGUGGUGAAGACCUCCGAGUCCAAGCCUCGCCCCAAUGGUCAUGUGGAUGGUUCUGUCCCAGUGUGAGUGACAUUUUUGGAGAAAGUGGAUCCCUGCCUUUUGGCUGACCCAGGCUGGGUAAAAAUAAGUUGGGAACUGUUAAAUUGGUGAUGGUAGUCGAAAUGGACUUGUGGUGGUUUUCUGUGUUCUGUCUGUGUUUCUUUGUGUUACGUGCCAAGGGACAAGACAUGUGACUUGCCUUUGAAAGGAGUGAUUACUGGGGUGGGGCAACUAAAAUUGAAGAUUCCCUCUGGCGAGCGUUGUGAAACUGAGAAGAAACUGUCUGUCCUUUUCGAGUUAUGAAGCAGUCUUUUCCUGAUAGAGAGCUUUUGCUCCGAACCCACUAAGGUGUUUCAGAUGCCAAGCUUAUGGUCAUGUUGCAGCAGUGUUUAGGGGUUGAGAUUCCAAAAUGUGUAAAGUGUGCAGGAGGGCAAGGGACAAAGGAAUGUGUAGUGUAGGUUGAAAAGUGGGGGUGCCCAUGUUGCUGGGGAUCAGAAGUGCCCGGUGCAAGAGACAGGUUGAGGUUGCCAGGGAGAGCAGAGGAUGAUGGGUCAAGGGCCUUGGCCUAUACAGAGUGAUACGAAUUUGUGCUUCAGUAAGGUUUGCUUCCGAGCAUUCAUUGCCAUGGUUAUCAACUGUACCGCAGAAAUGGAACAUAAAUCACAGAAUAUAUAUGUUGUGGUGGCAGCUGCAAAGUACUUGGGUUUACCAGGUUUUACUGGAGAAGAGUUACAAGGUCUGUUGAACAAGAGUCCCAUUCUCCCAAACCAUUAAAGUAGUGGAAUAGUGAGGUGGUUUUUAUUUGUUUUAUGAAAUAGUGGUAUAUAGGUGUAGGGUUAGUUGGUGUUUUAUCUUUGUAUCACAAAAUGUAACGUGAACGAUCUCACGGUAGGUGGCAGCAUGCAAAAACACCAUGAUACCAAAGAAGUAGAAAACGGAAGUGAACAGUAAUUUGGCAUUUUUUCCAAUUUCCACGUUAGCGUUUUUGUUGUUAUUUAGACGUUUAUUAACAUCAUGGAACUCAAAAUAUGACUAUUUUAACUGCACAGCAUCACAUAAUUAUCGCAGGUGGUCUUUAAUUCGCGCUGGAAACAGGACUUGGUUGAUAUAGCUACGUAACGCUAGCUCGCUGCUAACAAUGGCUAACUGUAUGGUUUUUCACACUCAAAUAGCCUCCAUUAUGGAGGUGCUAGCGAAUGCAGCCGUGGCAGAGAUCUGUAAACUCGUAGACAACGACUAUAAAGUGUUUCGUUUGGAAAUGUCUCAAAGCCAGAAAGAAAACAAGGGGUUGCGGAGGAAACUACAACUAAUGGACUGGAAGGUGGCACGGGAGCGCGCGGAGAGGACAAUACGAGAGCGCGUCCCCGCCAGUCGUCCCAGUAGUGUCAAGAUCCUCGACCGAUACAGAGGAAUGGCAAGAGUUGAAGAACAUCUCACUGUAGGCCACAACAGCUUUGUGAAGCCAGUGGGACACAAUGCGUGGAGAGAUGACCAACCCAUUGCUAUAGAUGAGGGGACUGGAACCUCAUCCCAACAUGUUAUUGUGAUAGAGUCUGCAGGUCCUGGAGGAUCGUCUCUGGUCAAGCAGGAGAGGACUGAAGGAGACGACCCACAACACAGCAGAGACAUCCAGACUGAAGCAGCGGCUGGAGUGGUGCCCCCUGUCGCAACGGACGACCUUGCCACCACGCCCCGGCCCAGGACCCGACGUAGCAUUACGGAGGUCAGUGGAACACCGAAGGCUGUCCUCAAGUCAGAGACAGACACCGAGACUUUAACUGUAUCACGAAGGCUCUUACACACAGGAUCAGACCCAGAGAGACUGGGCUGUCCUCCUGCUCCCGGCUCAGAGUAUUUUCUUUAUGGUAGCCCGAGGACGGUUCAUACCCAUCAGGACUCAGUUGCAACGUUAGAGACUGUCAAUUAUCCGUCUUGUUCUUACACUACAGAGAUGGACCCUGGCAAAAUGACCUUGGGUUUAGAGACACAGACUGAUCUGUCUAGACGGGACUGGAACCAGUACAGUAGUAGGCUAUACUCUGAAGGGUGCCUAGAUAAGAAAGAGGAGGUUAUUGCCGUAGAUGAGGUGACUGUGAAAGUGGAGGGCGAUGUUCCUCUUCUAUGGAAUGAGACUCACUUAGGAGAAGGACAUUCACAAGGCAGAGAUUUCUUAGAUUACAGGGAAAGCUUAGAGACAAAUCCAGAUGUCACGACCCACUCCCCUUUACACACACUCAGGGAUCACGAACCAGUGUCCACAUCUAUGGGGCCUUCCGAUCAGGUAUUGAACUCAAAGGUACAAAAGGCCAAGGCUCAGGGAGGGGGACCAGCAUCAGGUGGUAGUAAAGUGAAACGCUUCCUCUGCAUGUUCUGUAACAAAGGCUUCAGCUGCCUACAGAAGGUGGAGAUCCACCAGAGGGUCCACACAGGGGAGAAACCCUUCAGCUGUACCCAGUGUCACAUGCGAUUCGCUGAGGCUGGCAACUUGAAGCGGCAUCAGAGGGUCCACACAGGGGAGAAACCCUACAGCUGCCCCCAGUGUCACAUGCGUUUCGCUCAGUCUGGAAACCUGAAGAUGCACCUGAAGGUCCACACGGGAGAGAGGCCAUUCGCCUGUACACACUGCAGGAAGAGGUUCUCAGAAAGGAGCUACCUCAGGAUACACCAGCAGAAAAAUCAUCAUUCCACUAUAACAUAGAAAGUAAACAUUCCACUCAAUCGCUUAUGACAUUUUAGACAAACCCUGUAUUAAAAACAAAGAUUAAUUUUCAUUGGUUGUUAGUAGAAAAGAUCCACAGAUGCAUUUGGAAUAAUGAGUAACAGAUUUCAGUGUUGAAUAUUCCUGGAUAAAAUUUUGCAUCCAGACAUUCUGUGAUUUAUAAGGCGUAAAAAAGUCUGUUACAUAUUUUGUUUGUACUGUGUAGGCUAUAUGAUGUUCACAAAUGCUUAUUUCAUUACUUUCAUUCCACUACUGAAUUUUUGCCAAGACCCUUUUAAUGAGAAAAUGUAUGGAGUUUAUGCAGAUUUUUAGUUUGUGUAGUUUUCAUAUAUAGUGUAUUUAAAACUAGUUCAUGUUUAAUAAACACGAAAUUGAACU